CUGCCAUUGGUGGAGAGGCUCCCAGUACUUGCGGUAGCUGGUGGAUGUUGUUUGCGAGGCUCCAGUCGGGCAGCGCUCUCCCUCCGUGUCCUGAUGGCGGUCACCAAGCGCCUCUGGAUAUGUAUCGCCUACGCCAGCAUGGGCACCCUUAUCGGACUGUCCGCCUUCUUCACCUGGAACAUCGCCUUCGUGCAGCCCUGGACCGCGGCCAUGGGGGGUUUAUCAGGUGUGCUGGCUCUGUGGACUCUAAUUACACACAUCAUGUAUGUUCAAGACUUCUGGAGGACGUGGCUGAAAGGACUGCGUUUCUUUCUCAUUGUUGGGAUCUUCUUCUUCAUUCUAGCACUGGUAGCAUUCAUAGCAUUCCUUGCUAUAGCCAUAUCUCAUAAACAGUCCAUAACUGAUCCAACAAGCUUGUACUUAUCCUGCGUAUGGAGCUUCAUGUCCAUGAAAUGGGCUUUCCUGCUCAGUCGUUAUUCCCACCGCUACAGGAAGGAGUUUGCCGACAUUAGCAUCCUCAGUGACUUCUGAUACACAGAUUUUGUCUGAACAAGGAGGGUGUGAAAUUGCGAAGGACUUUUUACGUGUAUAUAUGUGUAUUAAAUUCUUCUUUGUGGUGCAAAUAUCCCAUGAAGACUCCUAAAGUUAAAACAAAACCUACGGAAAAUUGGAAGGACAUGGCAUUGCUUUAAUACAUACAUACAUUUUUACUGCUGCAAAUUUGCUUCUUGUAUAACGAUGAUUAUUUUUUUUUUAAAUCUAUAUAUAUAUAUAUAACUUUUUUUUUUAUGGGGAAAUUGCAAUGUUUAUCAACAGCAGUAAUCAUGCACUGCUUGUUUUUGCAUACAUAAUCAGCACAGACACUUUAUCUUUUGAUAAAACAGACUAACACUGUUAUACAAGAACGGACACAUCUCGAAAAACAAUGUUCAUUUAGUUUACCUUCAUCAGCAAAAUUUUUAGAAAUUGCUUUUAUUAUGUAUUUGUCAAUUGUGUAUUCUAUUUUACAAUGUUUAUGUAUGUGUACAAGAAUACAUUUAAAAUAUAAUAUUUUAUAUUUUUUGAGUCUUAACUUCACUGGGCCGGAAAAAUGAAUAAUAUUUUGGUUACACAUAGUAGGGCAUAUGGAGCAGUGUUACGGGUAAUACCAUAUAAUGUGUGUUCAAAUUGUUUUCAAACUGCAGUGCUACAGUGGAAAUCUAUGGAGUGCAAGGAAGUCAACUGGUCAGGAGGUUUACUGGUAAAAAUAAUUCUAGAACACACAACUUAUUUUCCAGCAAUAAAUGUACUAGUGGAAUCUUGGUUCACGCAGUAAUGUGCUGUCCUACAAGCUCUGCCUUUGAACUGGUGCAAUGUUCUUGUUUCAUAGCCUAAUAAUGUUUAACACUUUGGGUGAUAGUGGUUCCAGUUUAUGCCACAGAAGUAAAAGAAAACAUAACCCACACACAUUCCUAUAUCUUGUGAAUAACUUGUUUCUGUUUUUUGAUGGGAGUUUCACUAAAAUGAGCACACAAUGAAUGGAUUGGAUAUAUUACUAUCUAGAACAAUGUCAACAUGUAUCAGAAAAAGAGAAAUAAAAACCCUUCUCAA